GCUAGAGACCAUGACAGGGUCCUAUCAGGAUUUUGUGGUCCUUAGAUUGAGUCAGUCUUAGGUUGUGUCAGUCAAGGAGCCGAGGUCUAAGUGGUGAGGUCUGGAACCGUUGUCCGGUUGUGCACUUAUCACCAUGGUUGAUACUCGCAAUGGGAAGAGCACCAUGCCGUAUAGUAAGGCUCAAGAGGAGCAGGCUGCCGCCAUCCUAAGAGAGAGAAGGGAGAAGAAGGAGCUCCUUAGGCAGGCAAAGAUGAAGAUGAUACCCGAGGAGCAGGCGGCGAAAAAGAAGAAGUUGGCGGAGGAGAUGAAAAAGUUGCAGCAAGAAGAGGAGGAGAAGAUGAGAGCUGCAGUAGAAGAAGAGGUUGAAGAGGAGGAAGAGCAGCCAGAAGAAGAGCCCCUCAGAAGAAGAAGACUGGGGGAAAGAGACGGAAGCAGUGGCACGAAGGAGGAUGACCCGUGGGUCAGGGGAGGACGUACGCGGCUGGAGGGAGGCCGCAAGGUAGAGGAGGAGACCAGGGCCAAGGGGGCCGGGCCAUGGGUGGUCGAGGUCCGGGCGCACAGGGGGUUGGCGGCCAAAGGAACCGCCAAGAGGGAGGUAGGGGUCAAGGUCCCCCGUCGAAUCGCUCGGGACCCAGUCGGUCACCACAGCGCAGAGGUGGAGGAUCACCUCAAAGGAGAGGAGGUUGGCACCCAGGUUGGCCACAGGGCCGACCUUGGGAAGAUUUGGGCUUGGACCAGAGAGUAUGGCAGCAGCGGAUGGAGCAGGGGCAGUGCAUCUAUUGCGGUGACCCUGCCCACAUCAUUAAAUAUUGUCCAAAGUAUUGGGAAACCCGAUUUUUGCCCAAGGGUCAAAAGGAAGUCGUCGGUAGGGGUUGCAACUGCCCCUACCAUUAGGCCAUGUGGGGAAGUGUGCGCACACCACCAGGAAACUCCCACACCACAUGAGCCUAUGGCAGAGGUUGCAGGCCAGUGCCUAGUUAGUUGUCCAGAGACGGUCUGUGUUAGAGUCUCUCUAGGCACUUCCCUCACAUGUCUGGCAGAAGAGUUGAAGGAGAGGAUGCCGGUCUGGGCCAAGAUGAAGAAGGAGAGCAAAGGACAGCUCGUGUUAGUAGAUUUAGAAGUUUUUAGAAACAGAGUAGGGGCUCUUAUAGACACAGGGGCUACCCGUAGCUAUAUUAGGCGCAGAGCGCUGAAGAAGCUAAGGCUAGGCUUGAAAGUCCAAAAGUUGAAAGACCCCAUAGUUAGUAUCCUCGCAGACAACCGCACAAUGCGUGUUGAGGAUUACAUCGAGGGAGUCCAGGCGUAUCUUCGCCUAGAGAAGGAUGGUAAAGUAGAGAAAGUACUCCAUUCCCUGACUCUCCUUGUCGAGGACAACCUCCCUUUCGACAUGGUCCUAGGUAUGGACUUGGGAGAGGCAGCAGGGGCCACACUCCAUUUGAGAGAGCAUGAGUGUAGGCUUCCCAGUCCGUCAGGCGAAGUCAAGACGGCUCGCCUGUAUCACAUGUCAGGAGUAGACGACUCUCUGGCACAUUGCUGCCUCCGUGCUCCCACGUUCGCGCGGUUAGUAAAGAAGGAGCAAUUAGAAGAGCAGGUCUUUGUAGCUUACGUAAGGCCUGUCACUGAGCCUAAAGAGGAUAAGCCAAUGGACCCAACCAUUGCCAAGCUGCUGGAAGAGUUGAAGGACUUAGCAGAGCCGCCGACAGGGGUAGUGUCGCGGCCAAUCCAACAUCGUAUAGAGAUAGAGCCUGGCAGUAGAACUCCUAAGGGUGCGAUUUACAGAAUGUCCCCAAGGGAGUUAGAGGAGUUGCGUAGGCAGUUGGACAAGCUCCUCGAAAAGGGUUGGAUUAGGCCCAGUUUGUCUCGUUUCGGAGCACCUGUUUUGUUUGUCUCCAAAAAGGACGGAGAGUUGCGUAUGUGUAUAGACUAUAGGGGUUUGAAUGCUAUCACAGUGAAGAAUGUCGAACCACUGCCCAGGAUAGACGAUCUCUUAGAUCGGGUGCAGGACUGUAGGUAUUUCUCGAAGAUAGACUUGAAGUCCGGAUAUCAUCAGAUAGAGGUUCACCCUGAUGACCAGUACAAGACUGCUUUCGGACUAGAUAUGGCCAUUAUGAGUUCAUCAUGAUGCCCUUUGGACUAACCAACGCGCCAGCCACAUUCCAACGUUGUAUGAAUGAUGUGUUUAGGCCGUGGUUAAAAUUCGUCGUAGUUUAUCUAGUCGAUAUAUUAGUUUUCAAUAAGACCCUCCAAGAGCAUCAGGGUCAUUUGAGGCAAGUCUCGGAGAAGUUGAGAGAGACUAACUUCAAGAUCAAUGCGAAGAAGUGUGAGUGGGCCAAGACACAAGUCUUGUGCUUGGGCCACGUCUUAGACGGAGAUGGCAUUAAGCCUGAGGAUAGCAAGAUAGCGGCGAUUAGAGAUUGGUCGACGCCCCGCACGAUGACAAAAUUGUGAUCGUUUCUAGGCCUAGCUAAUUAUUAUAGGAAGUUCGUAAGGAACUUUUCCACUAUCACCGCUCCCCUUCGCAGGUUGCUCAAGAAGGAUGCAAUCUGGAAAUGGGAUAAAGAUUGUACAUCCGC